GACUCGGAAUUGGAAUUAACGAGUAGCCCUGAACGCAUCAAUAAAAAUUGUCAGCGGGGAAGCUCCAAGAUGGUGAAGUUUGGGCUUCAAUUUAAAGCCACCUUGGAGAAUGUCACCAAGGUGAGGCCGCUGGGCGACGAUUUCCGCUGGUUUCUGAAGCUAAAGUGUGGAAACUGUGGCGAGAUCCCAGAUAAAUGGCAGUAUAUAACCCUAGUGGAAAGUGUGCCUUUAAAAGGAGGGAGAGGCAGUGCCAGCAUGGUGCAGAAGUGUAAACUAUGCGCCAGGGAAAAUUCAAUUGAUAUCCUGGGAGACACAAUCACACCAUAUAAUGCCGAGGACAACGAGAGCUUUAAGACAAUGGUGCAGUUUGAGUGUCGAGGUCUGGAGCCUGUUGACUUCCAACCACAAGCUGGCUUUGCUGCAGAAGGAGCAGAAUCUGGGACACAGUUUCCUGAAAUCAACUUACUAGAAAAGGACUGGACGGACUACGAUGAGAAAGCCAAGGAGUCGGUGGGAAUAUAUGAGGUCACACACCAGUUCAUCAAGUGCUGAUGUCAUCAUGUUAUGAAGGAAUGAACACUGCAGCCAAACAUGCUCAGGCUGUCUCCUGAGGAUGCUGAGACAGCAUGGAUUGGUUGAUGAUGAACAUUAAAAGAUGUGAAUUAACACAGCAAGUUGUCUCAACACAAGUCUUGGAUUGAUCACCAUUCUCAAUUAGACGAGGCUUUUUUUUCAUUGCAUCAAUAAAAUUGAAAGACGAUUGAGA